UUCCUUCGCCAGGGGAGAGUAAAGUCAUCCCAGCUCCUCUCUUUUCCUUCUUUUUGGAACUGGACUGGAGGGACUGGAGAAUGAAGGAGGCAAAGGGUAUAAUGGCAUCAGCAUCUGGAUCAUCUAUUUCUAAUGGGAAAGUGGAAAGCAUCACCAUGCAGACACCUCAGAAACUGGUGUCCUUUGAAGAGGUAGCUGUCUAUUUCACCAAAGGAGAGUGGGAUCUUCUGAAUCAAAGCCAAAGAAUUUUGUACAAGGUUGUCAUGUUGGAGAACUAUAGGAAUGUGAAUUUUCUGGGCAUUAUGAUGGCAGCACAGGCAGCCUGGGGAUCAUCAUCUUUGGGUAGAGCAGAAAAGGCAGCCUUGAAGCUACCUCAGUGGGUGAUGUCCUUUGAGGAGGUGGCUGUGUAUUUCACCGAGAAGGAAUGGGAUCUCCUGGAUCCAGGCCAGAAAGCUCUCUACAAUGAAGUCAUGCUGAAGAACUUUGAGACUGUAGUCUUUCUGGAUCACGAUUGGGACAGUGAGAACUACCAGAGGCCAUCUCUUGUAUCUCUAGAAAUUGCUACGCAAGAGUGUGGAGAACAAUCUGGAAUGAAUUUAAAAGGGACUGGAACAUUUUGGAGUCAUCAGAGAACUGAGAAACCAUUGAAAAGUGUGAUAUGUAGAAAUAACUUACAUGAUACUACAUCACUUAUACAUCAAAGAACUCAAGCAGGGGAGAGGCCAUAUAAAUGCAUGACAUGUGGAAAGAGCUUCAGUCACAGGUGGGAACUUACGAAGCAUCAACGAACUCAUACAGGAGAGAAGCCAUAUAAAUGCAUGGAGUGUGGAAAAUGCUUCAGUCAGAAUGGGAACCUUAAGCUGCAUCAAAGAACCCAUACAAGAGACAAGCCACAUAAAUGUAUGGAGUGUGGAAAGUACUUCAGUCAGAAAGGGAACCUUAAGCAGCAUCAAAUAAUUCAUAUAGGAGAGAAGCCAUAUAAAUGUAUAGUAUGUGGAAAGAACUUCAGCAGGAAAGACAACCUUAAGCAGCAUCAAAGAACUCACACAGAAGAUAGUCCAUUUAAAUGUAUAGUAUGUGGAAAGAACUUCAUCAGGAAAGACAAACUUAAGCAGCAUCAAAGAACUCACACAGAAGAUAAUCCAUUUAAAUGUAUAGUAUGCGGAAAGAACUUCAUCAGGAAAGCAAACCUUAAGUGGCAUCAAAUAGCACACACGGGGGAGAAGCCAUAUAAAUGCAUGGAGUGUGGAAAGAGCUUUUAUGUGAGAUCACACCUUACCACACAUCAUAUGGUUCACACAGGGGAGAAACCAUAUAAAUGCAUAGAGUGUGGGAAAUGCUAUAGUGCUAAGAGAAAUCUCACAAGGCAUGAAAGAAUUCACAGUGAGCAGAAACUAGAUAAAUAUAUGGAAUGUGUAAAAAGUUUCAACCAGAAGGGACACUUUAAGGUGCAUGAAAGAAGUCAUGUGAAGCAGAAAUUAUAUAAAUGCAUGGAAUGUGGUAAGAGCCUCAGUGAUGCUGGGUCACUUACUAGACAUGAAAGAAUUCAUACAGGUGAGAAACCAUAUAAAUGUAUUGAAUGUGGAAAGGGCUUCAAUCAGAGUUCAGACUGUAUUAAACAUCAAAGAACACAUAGUGGAGAGAAACCAUACAGAUGCAUACAAUGUGGAAAAAGCUUCAGUACUAAGGUAAGACUUACUUGCCAUGGAAGAACUCAUACAGGAGAGAAGCCAUAUAAAUGCAUGGAGUGUGGAAAGUGCUUCAGUCAGAAAGGGAACCUUAAGAAGCAUCAAACAACUCAUAUGGGAGAGAAGCCAUAAAAAUGUAUAGUAUGUGGAAAGAACUUCAGCAGGAAAGACAGCCUUAAGCAGCAUCAAAGAACACACACAAAAGAUAAUUCAUUUAAAUGUAUAGUAUGUGGAAAGAACUUCAUCAGGAAAGCGAGCCUUAAGUGGCAUCAGAUAACUCACACGGUAGAGAAGCCAUAUUCUGUCGGUCUGCCGUCCACCCCAUGGCCUACCAGACUCCCUGGCCGAGCUGAAACAACUGGUCUCAGAGCUGCUGUUGGAGUCUCCCAGGCUUCUUGUGCUGGGGGACCUCAACAUCCCCUUCAAGGCCGGCUCACAAGAACUAACAGGUGCAGCUCGGGAGUUCAUGGCUUCCAUGACUACCAUGGGCUUCUCCCGAUUAGUCUCGGGUCUGACACAUUGUGCAGGUAAUACACUCAAUGUGGUCUUUAGUACAGAUCAGGGAAAUCCAUGGGCAGAGGUCCUGGGGACUUCUGCUCUGUCAUGGACAGACCAUUUCCUAGUCAAGGUGCGCCUUAAGGCAACCACCCAACUUCCCCCUGGGGGUGGAGGACCUAUUAGAAUGGUCUGUUCGAAGGCAGAUGGAAGCCUUAGAGGGAUUUAUGGUUGGAUCAGAUGGCGAUUCUGUUGAUGCCCUAAUGGAUAUCUGGGACAAUGACCUUACCAGGGCUAUAGACAGCAUCGCUCCCGAGCUUCUGGCCCACUCCUAAUAGAAAAGCCUGGUAUACAGAAGAUCUUCGGAAAAUGAAGUGGGCCCUGCAACGACUAGAGCACUCCUGGUGGAGACAUCAGCACCUAUCCAACAAGACACUCCAUCUUACCAUGGAAGAACUCAUACAGGUGAGAAACCGUCUAAAUGCAUGGAAUGUGGAAGGACAUUCAGUCAGAAAUCAUACCUUAAGGUGCAUCGGAGAACUCAUACAGGAGAUACUCCAUAUAGCUGCAUGGUAUGUUUAAAGACCUUUGGUACGAAGCCAAACUGUAUUUCACAUUAAAGAACUCACACAGGGGAAAAACCAUAUAAAUGCAUGGAAUGUGGGAAAAGCUUUAGUCAGAAAGGAUCCCUAUGGGACCACGAAAUAAUUCACAAGGAGGAGAAGCCAUAUAAAUGUAUGGAAUGUGGAAAGAGCUUCAUUGACAGUUCAAAGCUUAAUAUACAUCACAGAAUUCACACUGGAGAGAAACCAUACGAAGGCAUGGAGUGUGGGCAGAGCUUCAAUCGGAAAGGACACUUGAGGGUGCAUAAAAAAAUUCACACAGGGGAAAGACCAUAUGAAUGCCUGAAUGUGGAAAGCAAUUCAUUCAGAAAGCUGGACUUACCCAGCACCAAGUAAGUUAUACAGGGGAGAAACCAUAUACAUGCAUGGAUUGUGGUAAGGGCUUUAGUAAUAAAGGGUACCUUAAAGAGCAUCAAAGA